AUGGAUGCCUACUCGGGAUAUAACCAGAUCCGCAUGUACCCAGCCGACCAGGAAAGCACUUCAUUUAUCACCGAUCGUGGCACAUACUGCUAUCAGGUCAUGCCAUUUAGCCUCAAGAAUGCGGGGGCUACUUAUCAACAAUUGGUUAAUCACAUGUUUGCCGACCAGAUUGGCAAGAGCAUGGAAGUCUACGUGGACAAUAUGUUGGUUAAAAAUGUCCACGCUGACCAGUACAUCGCUGACCUCGCGGUCACUUUCGCAAUCUUACGGAGCUAUGACAUGAAGUUGAAUCUUGCCAAAUGUGUGUUUGGGGUCGACUCGGGGAAAUUUCUAGGGUUUUUAGUCAGCCAUGGAGAUAUCGAAACGAACCCAGAGAAGAUCCAGGCCCUCAUUUGA